CAACCCUUAAAUCGCACGUAGCUUCUUGUUCGCUCGUUAAGGCUUACGACCAGAGUCUCCGUCUCCGUCCCCUCCAAAAAUCAAAAUAAGAGAAAAACUUUCUUUAUCUGAGCGGAAAGGAAACCCUAAUCUUUGAUAAAUUAAAGAUAGUUAUUAUCUGUAUUGUCUCAUGUUCGAUCGAGGUAAGUUUCGAUCGAUGUUCUACAGCAUUCACUCUCAUUGUUUCUCCCCUGAAAUCGAGCUUCCACUGCGUUACUGCUGCUAAUAUUAUUCUUCUUUUUGGGCAAUUUAUUCCAUCAGUUAUCGUAAGUUGCGGCAGAAGAAAUUAACUUGGCGAACGGUAAACAGAAAAAAAUCUUUUAAAUCAAUUGAGCUUCCAUAGUUUUUGCCAGUUUAGAUGAGCAGAAAGGACUGAAAAACUAAAAAAAAAAUCGCGUUCUUCUAGGGGUUAAGGAUUUAUUCUAGGGUUUUAGGUUCUUAGAACCCCCAUGGACGACUUUGAGAAAGCUAUACUCAUUAGUUUCGAUGAAUCCGGUACUAUAGAUCCCGUCCUGAAAUCCCAGGCAGUUGCUUAUUGUCAACAGGUCAGAGAAACUCCGUCGAUCUGCCGCCUUUGUAUAGAACGCCUCAUUUGCACUAAUUUUGUCCAAGUCCGGUUCUGGUGCUUGCAGACUCUCCACGAAGUUCUCUGUCUCCGGUACUCAUCUUUGACUCCUGAUGAGAAGUUGUAUAUAAGGAAAUCUUUACUAUCGAUUGCAUGCUUUGAAGGUUCAGAUGAUAAGAACUUGGUUAGGGUUUUGGAUGGUCCGGCAUUUAUAAAGAACAAGUUUUCUCAGGUGUUAGUCACUCUCAUAUACUUUGAGUAUCCUUUGAUUUGGUCAUCCGUCUUCAUUGAUUUCCUUCCUCACCUGAGCAAGGGUGCGCCAGUGAUUGAUAUGUUCUGCCGGGUUUUGAACACUCUGGAUGAUGAGCUGAUCAGCUUAGAUUAUCCCCGUGGUGCUGAGGAAGUGGCUGUGGCUGGACGGGUUAAGGAUGCAAUGAGGCAACAAUGCGUGCCUCAGAUUGUCCGGACCUGGUAUGACAUUGUUUCCCUGUACCGGAAUUCUGACCCGGAGUUAUGCACUAGUGUCUUGAAUUCUAUGCGGAGAUACAUAUUUUGGAUUGACAUUGGAUUAAUUGCUAAUGAUGCCUUCAUCCCCUUGUUGUUUGAGCUCAUCUUGGUUGAGGCGCUUCCAGAGCAGCUCCGGGGUGCUGCCGCUGGUUGUGUUCUAGCAAUGGUUUCUAAACGGAUGGAUCCACAGUCCAAGAUCUCACUCUUGCAGAGCCUUCAAAUUAGUCGGGUUUUCAGUUUAGUGUACAAAGAUGUGGAUUCUGAAUUAGUUUCCAAGUUGGCAGCUAUGCUUACAGGCUAUGCAGCUGAGGUUUUGGAUUGUUUCAAACGUCUAGAUUCAGAAGAGAACAGGAGGAUCUCAAUGGAGCUUCUGGAUGAAGUCCUUCCCACAGUCUUUUAUGUAAUGCAGAACUGUGAGGUAGACACCACAUUCAGCAUCGUCCAAUUUUUGUCAGGCUAUGUUGCAACAAUGAAGAGUUUUUCACCACUGAGGGAGAAACAAGUGCUUCAUGUGAGUCAGAUAUUAGAGGUGAUACGUGCACAAAUUUGCUAUGAUCGUGUCUAUAGAGAUAACCUUGAUAUGCCGGAUAAGAUUGGGAGAGAAGAGGAAGAUAGGAUGGUGGAGCAUCGAAAGGAUUUAUUUGUGUUGCUUCGUAGUGUGGGCCGUGUUGCUCCUGAUGUGACCCAGGUAUUUAUCAGGAAUUCAUUAGCUACUGCCUUGGUAUCUAGUUCAGAUGAGAAUGUUGAAGAGGUAGAGUCUGCGCUUUCUCUUUUCUAUGCCAUUGGAGAAUCAAUAAGUGAUGAGGAAAUGAGAGCUGGAAGUGGGCUUUUGAAAGAAUUAGUGCCUAUGAUCCUAUCUGCACGGAUUUCUUGCCAUUCUAAUCGGCUUGUGGCACUUGUAUACUUAGAGACAAUAACCAGAUAUAUAAAGUUUGUUCAGGAGAAUACUCAGUACAUACCACUGGUGUUGGCUGCAUUUCUUGAUAAAAGGGGCAUAUACCAUCCAAAUCUUAAUGUGAGUCGAAGGGCAAGUUAUUUCUUUAUGAGAGUUGUAAAACUGCUGAAAGCAAAGCUUGUGCCUUUUGUAGAGACAAUUUUGCAGAGUCUGCAAGAUACCGUGAGCAAUCUUACACAUAUAGAUUGGACAUCAAAAGAGUUGAUUUAUUCUGGAUCAGAAGAUGGAACUCACAUAUUUGAGGCAAUUGGUUUAUUAAUUGGGAUGGAGGAUGUUCCACUAGAAAAGCAGUCUGAGUACCUCUCUUUGUUACUUACUCCUCUUUGUCAACAGGUCGAGGUGCUGCUUUUAGAAGCCAAAGUACAAAAUGCUGAAGAAUGUUCCGCAAAAGUGGUUAUUAUCCAGCAAAUAAUCAUGGCAAUCAAUGCACUAAGCAAGGGUUUCAGUGAGCGUCUUGUCACCUGUAGCCGUCCUGCAAUUGGUGUCAUGUUCAAGCAGACACUUGAUGUCCUUCUUCAGAUUCUUGUGGUCUUUCCAAAAAUCGAGCCUUUGCGGAGUAAGGUUACAUCAUUUGUGCACCGCAUGGUGGACACUUUGGGAGUAUCUGUAUUUCCUUACCUUCCCAAGGCAUUGGAACAGUUGCUUGCUGAAAGUGAGUUGCAGUCAAAAGCGAUGGUGGGUUUUCUCAUAUUAAUCAAUCAGCUUAUAUGCAAAUUCAGUACCAAGGUGGGUGAUAUAUUAGAGGAGAUUUUCCCUGUUAUUGCAAGUAGAGUUUUUCAUAUUCUACCAAGGGAUGCAUUUCCUUCUGGACCUGGAAGUAACACUGAGGAAAUUCGCGAGCUUGAAGAACUUCAGAGGACAUUGUACACGUUUCUUCAUGUGAUAACUAUGCAUGACCUAUCUUCAGUUUUUCUUGCCCCAAAAAGCAGAGUCUACUUGGAUCUAAUAAUGCAGUUACUCUUAUACACUUCUUGCAAUCACAAGGAUAUUCUUACUAGGAAGACAUGUGUACAGAUUUUUAUUAGACUGAUCAAAGACUGGUGUGCCAAACCUAAUGUGGAAGAAAAGGUGCCUGGUUUCCGAAGAUUUAUAAUUGAGACCUUUGCAAUGAACUGUUGCUUGUACAGUGUGCUUGACAAGUCAUUUGAGUUCCGUGAUGCCAACACUCUUGUUCUGUUUGGAGAAAUUGUUGUGGCACAAAAAGUUAUGUAUGAGAAGUUUGGUGAUGAUUUUCUCAUUCACUUUGUAUCAAAAGGUUUCCCAAGAGUUCACUGCCCCCAAGGUUUGGCUGAGCAAUACUGUCAAAAGUUACAGGGCAGUGAUAUCAAGGCACUAAAAUCAUUCUAUCGCUCGCAUAUUGAAAAUUUGAGACAACAGCAGAAUGGAAGCCUUGUAUUCAGAUAGCAUCGUCUUGCUACGUUAAUCAGAUUACUAGUAUUUACUGGAUAUUAUCUGACUUCCUGGAUUUCUGCAUUAGGUGGCACUCCAUUUUUGCAUUUAGAGGUUGGUUAUAACAGUUUUGGGACAAGGCUUUGUUGAGUUGAGUAUGUUGGGAAACUCUUAUUAUAUUUCCUAUCUGGAGUUUCCCUUCCAUGAUGUACUCAUGUCAAGUGUAUAUUGCAGGGUGUUUCUUUUGUAUAUAUGAUAUUUGUGUGGCCAUCUAAGACGGCGAGCAGGUGUAAAUUUCCGGAGCACUUCAUUUAAAUACGAAGAAAUGCGGGUUUCCUGCCUGUCCGGGAAGUGUUAAGUGAGUGUACAAAUUUGAGUUUUCAGUAACAAAAGGUCGUUUAUAUUCAUGUUUCCAUAGUUAAAUCGCUUUUCCUUUAUCCAAUAAUUAAUUCAAGGGUUCUAACGGUUUUUAAA